AAGCCCUCAGACAUCAUAUCAUUCGUUACCUUCAUCCACAAAGUCUCCGUAAUUAUGAAGCUGGUGGUUUUAUCGUUGCUGGUCCUGGUGGGCACCGUUCACGUUACUUCCGGACGUUUGUUCAACCCCUGGUGGCCCCAACCCGCAGGAUUGCCGUGUCUCAAUCUCAGUGAUGAAGCUCGUCCCUUUGAUGGGCCUUGGUGGUUGCGUUUCAUUCCGAGGUUCCCACUGCCUCCGUGUCCUCCACCGUCGUCAAAUUCAUCCGAUAGUGCUGCCGGCGUCAAUGGAACGUUGGAUGUUCACGUUGGAAACAACUCUUUGAGUGGAUCGUUCUCCAGCAAUUCGUCCGAUGCAGGUGCAGCAGCAUCUAAUAGUUCUGCCGUGAAUGGUACCGAUAGUAACUGAUAAAUUUAACAUGCUUGUAGUUGGACGUAUCAAAUGUAUUUUGGUGAAAUAAAAUAGUACUGUUGAAUCGAACGAGAGAAUAAAAUAAUUAUAAAUUAUAGGAAUGAAA